AUGUCCACCAUUAAGAUCUGUACGUAGUUUUGCUUUUUCGGAGGUGCGCCUUCUACUAACCGUUUUGCCCUUGUUUAUCUUUAUUGCGUUCGCAUCUUGUACUUUAUUGCGCUCGCCUCAGCCUCAUCAGGAGCAGGGCCAGUUGGUACAAACAGCAAUACCAACUGGAAAAAUCGGAAUUCUCUGCAGUACAGCAAAGGGAAAAGUUAGUACCGCUACAACAUUGAUUUAUUUUCUAACAUAAUGGCAAACGAACAGAAGAGAAAAAGCUUCCACCAGCGAAAGCUAGUUGCGGAGCAAGAAGAGUACAAGAGGCGAGUGGAACGUCAACAGCCAAACUUUGUUCACGAAGAGGCGAAGUCACCGAAGGCAACGAUGACGGAAUCGAUGAAGCGGAAAAGAAAAAGCUACUUCUACCAACGAGAAGAUCAACAUGCAGAUGUCACAAUGCGAGCAGAGGAGCAAGAGGCUGACAGCAAGGAACAAAGGACGUCGGCUAUUGCAAUGCACCCAGAAAGUCAAGGACGGCCACAGUCCUCGCCCUCCUCCUCUAUCGCGAGGCCUUCCCGAUUUUCGACAGCCGUUUUGCCCAACGCAAAGCAGAGUCCAAUGGAAUCUCAGACUGAAUAUUUGUCAGAGCUGGUCGCUCGUGACGAUUUUGUUCCGCUCGCUAGCUACGACGAUGAAUCUUUACACGUAGACGAUGAAGUGUCCGACCAUGCUGAUGCAGCGACGAAAAAUCCUUCAUCGACGAAAAGUCCUUCAUUAAGAGUUGGCGGUGCGCCUGCUGCUGAGAAUGAUUCCGAUCCAUUUGAAGAAGACAUGUUUGGUUCACACAUCUUGAAAGUACGAAAUAGCAGUACCGGACGGGCGGGUGGAGAUACGAGCUUUCGCAGUACCGAACAAGAUCAGGUGAAUGAGCGGGGUCGUCGUCGUGGUAACUCGAUGACAGUGAGGGACAGCGCGAAUACUAAAAAGCCGAAAGGCAAAGUGUUAUGAAACCAUAAUUUUUUUGUUCGUAGCCUCGUAAUCGUAUUCAUUUUCAACGAUAAAGGGCGCUUUCUUUGUUUCUUUCUAGCAAACUACAAAGCAAGGCUAUCCCUAUCAUUGAGUAGCAUUCAACAAACAGGCCAAGCUCCUUCCUUAUAUAUUGAAAAUGAAGACGAAUACAUUUUCUCGUUGAUGAUCUCCUUGCUUCAUCGUUAACGAUGGCUAUGGCUAUGCUCGGACUACAUGGCGAGUCAAAAGAUGAAGAUAGUUCGUCUUCAACAUCGAAAUACGAAUAUGACGACCCACGGGAUGGCGCAGGCCCAUCUUCCGCCUCGCCGUCUAUCUUGCGGACCAGUAAGAGCGCGACUGUUAGCAAAGGUCGGAGUGUCUCGGCACGAACGGAAGGUCGUGAGCGGGGGGUUUCGGUCUCGUUUGCGCCCCCUUACAGAGGCAGUGCUAUCAAUGCGCCUCGAACUUCGUCUGGACCUGAGCCUGACGCGAAGAAGCCAGCACCAAAAAAGUUAUCCGAAUAUAUGGAAGAGCAGGGGCUCGAAUAUCUCACUGCCGCUUCGCAAGGCGGCGGCGGUAAGCAGAAACGAAAAAGUCAAGCACAAACAACUUCACAGCGGGAUGAAACCGGAGAUGGUCAAGGCGGCUCAACACGGUCAUCGAGCAAACAGGGGACGUCAAACAGAUUGUCACGUAGCGGGCAGCACGGCUUUCCCGGUGCGGUUACAGUGGACAGGAACGGGUCGAAUCGCUUCACCGACGCACUGCUACAGAAGCAUCCGAAGAACGUGAUGGACCCAUUCACGAAAGCACUGAAAAACGUAGAGACGCAGCUUCAGGGAAGGGUCCAGGAGAAUCACGACGCGACGCAUGACUACAAGCGACUGGCGCACCAGUCGCGGCUGAGUGAAUGGGAGCACGUUGACCGCAUUGCCGCGCACAGGGAGAGCGUUUCGCGGGCCAAGGACACACGGCUGGAACACCGGCAGAGUCCCGUGGAAGGUAGUCACAAGUCGGUGCGCCAGUCCAGUCUGCUUGAGAAAAUGACCGCUGCUGGAGUAAUCUCUUCAGGACAAGGAUCACAGGAUCAUGUGAAAAAUGAACAAGAUGGUGUUGAUGUAGUUGACUCACCGGCGGUCAAGCGACCUUCCUCACCGAAUGGUCGAAUCUCAGCUAGCAUUCCAGCCUCUGCUGUGGCGCGGUCUUCUAGUGCGGCCCGACGUAGCGCGCCGAUUUCGGCGGGAAACCCGGGCGACGCAAAGGCACUUCUCUACUAUCCUGGCGAGGGCGGGAAUGAUGCAGCCUAUCCAUCAGCAAGUCGCUGGAAUAUUAACGCGACAACUAGUACAAGUACGAGUAUGACAACAAAAAAAUCAUCUGCAUCUUCAACCACAGCCGCGUUUUUGCCGGGCGGCGCCAGCGCACAUACGUCAGGCAAUGCAGCCUUUUCCUUUCGAAUUGAACAAGCAUCUUUUUCUAGAAGACCUGAUACUGAAGGACGUGAGCCGUUGGCUGCCUCCAACAAUGGCAAUGGAGAAGUAGUUUACCAACUUUCUACAGGGAAACACCCUAACGAAGAAGUAGAGUCGCGACAAGGUGGGGCUGUUUCGAGUUCCACGAAAACGCACCGAGUGCCGCGUCGUCGUACUCGCGCUGAACCGCAGACGUUGAGCACGUCUUAG